AUGGCACUGACAAUAUUAUAUAUAACUGUUGGCUUGGCACUUACUACAAUAGCGAUCGAAAUCGCAGCCGAUACACUAAAGAAGGUGCACUAUUUCGGGCGUAAAAUCAAAGAUGUUGGCGGUAUUGAAAUUUGGUUCGGCGGCAAAAGGCUGACUGUUCGACAAGUAAUCCAGAAUUUGGGUGAUCAGCUCAAUGUGCCUGAGGUGGCAUUAAAUGAACUGGACAUGGAUCAUUUUGUUGAGCAAGCAAUUAAAGUUGAAGCUGGCGAACGACCGCCGCUCAGGGUUCAUUAUGCAUGUGAACUGGCUGGGGAUGCUGAUUUCCAUCAUGAAACCAGUAAAUGUUUACCACUUAUUAUUGAACAGCUAGUUGUUCAGCUGGGGAGGAAGUAUAAUGCCAUUUAAGG